GUACACUCCAUCGCAAACGCAAAGCAUUUCAUAUACCAGGCCCGGCUUUGGAAGCUCAACUCCAUGCAGUGUGGGGCCAUAGGAAUCAUUUCACAAGUCACCUUCGGGCUAUGUGGGAAGGCGUUCUUGUACGCAUCCAAAGUUCCAGGGGAGCAAGUCCAGAGACUGUCAAAUUCGCCUAAUCCGUACAGCAACGGAACCUUGACUUUCGUGGAGUACUCCUUCCAAUAGUCAAGCCACGUUAUGUUGAUAUCAUGUAAUUCGCCGUGAGGAACUGGCUGAUUCAAUGGUUCCGUAAAUUGUCGCAUCUCCGGCGGUGCGAGGUUCAUACGUGGGUGUUGCAGCAUAAUAGCGUCUUUAGGCUCAGCUUCGAACUGAAUCAACUCGGCUCCUUCAUCCAGUAGAUUUAUCAUGCCUUGCCUUGGUCCUUCCACGAGCUCGGCCCCAAUUCCAGAUGUGAUAAGGCCUGCUAGUGGAUAG